AAUUUCAUAAUAUAUUCACUAUUCAUCUGAACGUUCAUGUAUAUAUAUUACAAUACUCUAAAUAUAAUAAUAAAUCAAACCGGAUUACAUAUUGGGUCAUCUAUCAGUUCAACCGAUAACCAGAUCUCGGGUUUUAGCGGUUGUUACGAGUUUUAUAGAGUUUUUAAAUAACAGUUUUUUUUAAAAACUAAAAUUGAUUACAUAUGAACCACCAAAUUUGGCAAUUUAACUGCGGGUCGGGUCGGGUUUCAAAACAUUGAAUAUAAUAUUUCAUUUGUAAUAUUUAAAUGUAGAUACAAUUAAAAUACAAAUGUUUCAAAUAUAAUUCCGCGCUUUGAAAGCGCGGGUCAAAAUCUAGUUCAUCAUUACAACACCUAGCAAACUUAUUUACUUUGACUUAAUUGUUUCAAAUAUACAUAUAUACAAUUAUACAAAUAUUAUGUAUGUAUAUAUAUAUAUAUAUAUAUAUAUGCUGGUUAAUGUUUUGGACCGUUAUUCAUAACCCCUUACCUCUCUUAACAUUUUGUUCGUCAUUUACCAACUAAACUACAAUUCUUUUGUGAAACUAUCGGCCGAAACUUUUACUUAUUCUAAAAAAGGCCGGAAGCACAUGCCUCCACGGCUUCCUCUCGAAGUCGCUACUGUAUAUGUCCAUGUCCAUUACUAUUCUAUGUAUAUCGGGAUGCAGGUAUAUUGAUGAAAAGAGUGGCGAUGAAUAUGCAGUUGUGAAAGCUUUACAUAUGAGUGGUGGAGAUGGAGCCAACAGUUACUCCGCCAAUUCUCUUUUUCAGAGAAGAGUUUUAUCAAUGGCCAAACCAGUCUUGGUAAAAAACACCGAAGAAAUGAUGAUGAAUUUAAACUUUCCUAACUAUAUCAAAGUUGCUGAAUUGGGUUGUUCUUCGGGGCAAAACACCUUUUUUGCUAUCUCUGAGAUCGUCAACACCAUCAAUGUGUUGUGCCAAAAAUUGAACCAAAACCCUCCAGAAAUCGAUUGUUGUCUCAAUGAUCUUCCGGAAAACGAUUUCAACACAACGUUCAAGUUGGUACCCUUCUUCAAAAAGGAGCUCAUGAUGACUAACCAAGGAUCGUGUUUCGUCAAUGGAACACCAGGUUCCUUCUACUCUAGGCUCUUCUCUCGCAAUAGCCUCCAUUUUGUACAUUCAUCUUACUCUCUCCAUUGGCUCUCUAAGGUUCCAGAAAAACUCGAGAAUGAUACGGAAAAUGUGUACAUAUCAAACUCAAGUCCUCAAAGUACUUACAAAGCUUACUUGAAUCAGUUCCAACGAGAUUUCACAAUGUUUCUAACGUUACGUUCUGAGGAAAUGGUCUCUAACGGACGAAUGGUUCUUACCUUCAACGGUAGAAACACUCUUAACAGUGAUCCAUUGUAUAGAGAUUGUUGUCACUUUUGGACACUGCUAUCAAACUCUCUCUGUGACCUGGUCUUCGAGGGCCUAGUGAGUGAAUCAAAACUGGGUGCAUUCAACGUGCCGUUUUAUGAUCCGAAUGAACAAGAACUCAAGGAAGUGAUACAAAACCAAGGCUCUUUCGAAAUCAAUGACUUAGAGACACAUGGAUUCGAUCGUGCCCAUAGUAAACGCGACAACGGAGAAGAUAACUAUGACGCAAGAUACAAUAGAGCCAAAUCUGUAAGAGCCAUUGCUGAACCAAUGCUCAUUGCUCAUUUUGGAGAAGAUAUUAUCGAUACCUUGUUUGAUAAAUAUGCUCGCCAUGUGACACAACACGCGAACUGCAGAAACAGAACGAGUGUCACUCUUGUCCUCGCGUUGACUAAGAAAUAAUCAGCAUUGGCUUGAAUAUAAUUGCUUGUAUAUUUACUUAUUAUUUAACGUUCCGUUAAUAAAUUCUAAGACAUGCCCAUGCCCCUCA